GGGGCCCCAGGCGCAGGCAGUCAGGACGCGCGGCUGCAGCCGCGAAACCGGAGCCGGAGUCUGGAGCGGGCGCGACUGCCGGAUCGCAGCCCCCGGGGCCCGCCGCAGCCAUGGGCAACCGCGGCAUGGAGGACCUCAUCCCGCUGGUCAACCGACUGCAGGAUGCCUUCUCCGCCAUCGGCCAGAACGCGGACCUGGACCUGCCGCAGAUCGCCGUGGUGGGCGGCCAGAGCGCUGGCAAGAGCUCGGUGCUCGAGAAUUUCGUAGGCAGGGACUUUCUGCCUCGAGGAUCUGGCAUUGUCACCCGCCGUCCCCUGGUCCUGCAGUUGGUCAAUGCUACCACAGAAUACGCCGAGUUCCUGCACUGCAAGGGUAAGAAAUUCACCGACUUCGAGGACGUGCGACUGGAGAUCGAGGCUGAGACGGACCGGGUCACUGGCACCAACAAAGGCAUUUCACCGGUGCCCAUCAACCUCCGCGUCUACUCGCCGCAAGUGCUGAACCUGACCCUGGUGGACUUGCCCGGAAUGACCAAGGUCCCGGUGGGGGACCAACCUCCCGACAUCGAGUUCCAGAUCCGGGACAUGCUCAUGCAGUUCGUCACCAAAGAGAACUGCCUCAUCCUGGCCGUGUCGCCCGCCAAUUCCGACCUGGCCAACUCCGAUGCCCUCAAGAUCGCCAAAGAGGUGGACCCCCAGGGUCAGCGCACCAUUGGGGUCAUCACCAAGCUGGACUUGAUGGAUGAGGGCACAGAUGCCCGCGACGUGCUGGAGAACAAGCUACUCCCCCUGCGCAGAGGCUACAUUGGGGUGGUGAACCGGAGCCAGAAGGACAUCGAUGGCAAAAAGGACAUCACGGCUGCUUUGGCUGCUGAGCGCAAGUUUUUCCUUUCCCACCCAUCCUACCGCCACUUGGCUGACCGCAUGGGCACGCCCUACCUGCAGAAGAUCCUCAACCAGCAACUGACAAACCACAUCCGGGACACGCUGCCGGGCCUUCGGAACAAGCUGCAGAGCCAGCUGCUGUCCAUUGAAAAGGAGGUGGAUGAGUACAAGAACUUCCGUCCUGAUGACCCAGCGCGCAAGACCAAGGCACUGCUGCAGAUGGUCCAGCAGUUUGCUGUGGACUUUGAGAAGCGCAUCGAGGGCUCAGGAGACCAGAUAGACACCUAUGAACUGUCCGGGGGAGCUCGCAUCAACAGGAUCUUCCAUGAGCGCUUUCCAUUUGAGCUGGUUAAGAUGGAGUUUGAUGAGAAGGAACUCCGAAGGGAGAUCAGCUAUGCCAUCAAGAAUAUCCAUGGCAUUAGGACGGGCCUCUUCACACCUGACCUCGCUUUUGAAGCCACAGUGAAAAAGCAGGUGCAGAAGCUCAAAGAGCCCAGUAUCAAGUGUGUGGAUAUGGUAGUCAGUGAGCUCACAGCCACCAUCAGAAAGUGUAGUGAAAAGCUCCAGCAGUACCCUCGGCUGAGGGAGGAGAUGGAGCGCAUCGUGACUACCCACAUCCGGGAGCGUGAGGGUCGGACCAAGGAGCAGGUCAUGCUCCUCAUUGAUAUUGAGCUGGCUUACAUGAACACCAACCACGAGGACUUCAUAGGCUUUGCCAAUGCUCAGCAGAGGAGCAACCAGAUGAACAAGAAGAAGGCUUCAGGGAACCAGGAUGAGAUUCUGGUCAUCCGGAAGGGCUGGUUGACCAUCAAUAAUAUUGGCAUCAUGAAGGGUGGCUCCAAGGAGUACUGGUUUGUGCUGACGGCCGAGAAUCUGUCCUGGUACAAGGAUGAUGAGGAGAAAGAGAAGAAAUACAUGCUGUCCGUGGACAACUUGAAGCUGCGGGACGUGGAGAAGGGCUUCAUGUCCAGCAAGCAUAUCUUUGCCCUCUUCAACACAGAGCAGAGGAACGUGUAUAAGGAUUAUCGGCAGCUGGAACUGGCCUGUGAGACCCAGGAGGAGGUGGACAGCUGGAAGGCCUCCUUCCUGAGGGCCGGCGUGUAUCCCGAGCGUGUUGGGGACAAGGAGAAAGCCAGUGAGACCGAGGAGAACGGCUCAGACAACUUCAUGCACUCCAUGGACCCACAGCUGGAGCGGCAGGUGGAGACCAUCCGGAAUCUGGUGGACUCAUACAUGGCCAUUGUCAAUAAGACCGUGCGGGACCUCAUGCCUAAGACCAUUAUGCACCUCAUGAUCAACAAUACCAAGGAGUUCAUCUUCUCGGAGCUACUGGCCAACCUGUACUCGUGUGGGGACCAGAACACUCUGAUGGAGGAGUCGGCCGAGCAGGCGCAGCGCCGCGACGAGAUGCUGCGCAUGUACCACGCGCUGAAAGAGGCCCUGAGCAUUAUCGGCGACAUCAACACGACCACCGUCAGCACUCCCAUGCCCCCGCCUGUGGACGACUCUUGGCUGCAGGUGCAGAGCGUACCGACCGGACGCAGAUCGCCCACGUCCAGCCCCACGCCGCAGCGCCGAGCCCCCGCCGUGCCCCCAGCCCGGCCAGGGUCGCGGGGCCCUGCUCCUGGGCCUCCGCCUGCUGGGUCCGCCCUGGGGGGGGCGCCCCCCGUGCCCUCCAGGCCGGGGGCUUCCCCUGACCCCUUCGGUCCUCCCCCCCAGGUGCCCUCGCGCCCCAACCGCGCCCCGCCCGGGGUCCCCAGAAUCACUAUCAGUGACCCCUGAGGAGCGUCAGCCAUGGAAGGGCCCAGCCUCACCUACGCGACCUGCAGUCCCCCGACCAGCUGAGGCUCCCCUGUUAGACUUAUAAGCCUGUGGCCACUGGCAUCCAGCUGCUUGCCCUCUCUGCCUCCCCCAGGGUCCCCUCAGAUUACCUCUGGGCUUUCUGAUCACCCAGAGGGGCCUCCAGUGUUCACUGUAGCCACCCCUUUUAGGUUCACCCUCCUGGUUCACAGUUUUCUCCCAUCUUUCGCAUCAGGCCUGGUGGCUGUUGCAUGGGGCUCAUGACCCCAUAAUCCCCGAAGCUAGGGGUGGCCCUGGCUCAGUGGAUUGGAAGACAUGGUGGCCAGAGAAGAGGGAGACAGCAGGGAAGCCAGAGGGGGCAGAGCAUGUGUUCUAGAGGUGUGGGUGCACUGCCUGGGUGGUGUGUGAGAGACCAGCGUGUGUGAUAAGGAGGGCAGCCACCCCAGACUCCCUGUGAAGUUCUGGCCCCUGCCCAGCUCCAGCCCCUCCCCUUCCAUCUUCCCUUUUUUGUCUUUUUUCCAGAAAUCUUGCCCCACAUCCACACCUGUGUCUUCUUCCCAUGCCAUCUCUUCCCAUACUGCCAUGGCUUGGCUGCUCUUGCCUUACCAGCUUUCUCCCUUCUUUUCUCUCUCCCAUUUUCUCUUUGCUUUCUCUCCAACUGCCAGCCGAUCGGGUCAGGCAAGUCCAUCCCGUCCUGAGAGCCCCAGGCCCCCCUUCGACCUCUAACCAGAUUCCUCCUAUUCCUCGGAGACUUCCCUUUCCAAGCCUGCCUGGAUGGCUGUUCUGUGACUUAACAGUGGCUCCCCCAGCCCCUAAGCCUCCCCUUUUAUCCAUGACUUAGUCUGUUGUAGUGGUGAGCUGACACAUUCAGGCGUGACAUUGGUGAAAACUUGUGCCCCUCUGUGGUUUUGCUCCCGCCCUGUUCUAUAAAUAUCUAUAAAUACUCAUAUAUGUAUAUAUAUAUAUAUAUAUGGCAGACACAGCCCUGCCUCUAGUGUUGGGAUUCAAUCACUGUGCUGUCCUUGUGGAGUCUUGUGGCUCAACUACCAGGGAACACUGUCGCCUUGACAUCCCCCCAUCCAAAGUGUUCCACCUCCAGUGAGCCUCCCUGUCAUGCCCAGCCUGCAGACAACCAGCCCCUCUCCACCAUCCCUCCCAUCCCUUGCCCCCUCAAAGCAUGGGGGUGCUGUACUGGCAGCUGUGUGGUUCUCUGGUCAAUACCAGUCUUGAUGUCUCUUGGCUGAGAAUAAAACCCAUUUCUGGACGAUGUGUCCUCUGCUGGCUUGUGCUCUCCACAGAACUCAAGGGGGGAGGUGACAGUUUAAACAUUGGGGUGGAGGGGAGGUGGUGAGCCUAGCCACUGCUAGGAUGUCAUAAGGAGUGGCAAGAAAAGGCCACAUCAUUUCUAAGGCCUACUUGGAAAGCACCUGGAGUUUUGAGCCUGUGCUUAUCCUGUGAACUUUGCUCUGGCUACUAGGAGCAGGAACUCAGCCUAGAGGAGGAUGUGGGGCUCUGGAGGGAUAGGAGGAAUAGGCUACAAGACACAGACAGGUGAGAUGGGCCUUAUGAUGGCAUGGAAAAAGCCUGGCACUCUGCUUUCCCUCACAAGGAAUAGAGACCCUCCAUCUGUAAAAGUGGGCAGGACAGAAAACUGUCCCC